CAAUGUGUUGACCAGUCAUCGAAUGAAGACGAAAUUUUAUCUUCCGCGUUUAUCGACAUGAAACAGUGCGAAAAAAAGGAUAACUAAAUAUAUUCAUUCAUAAUCGUAUAACAUAGUAGUUUAAGAAAAUGGCAGAAAGAGCAGAUAAUGACCAGCCCUGGGAUCCAUACACAGACAAAACGCCCGGUUACGGGGUAGAUGCCCCCAAGCGGUAUCACUCAGGACAAAAGCCAACUGGUUAUCCACCAAAACAAACUGUUUAUUCACUACAGCAGUCUGGUUAUCCACAACAACUGUCUGGUUAUCCACCACAUCAACCUGGUUAUCCACCACAACAACCUGGUUAUCUACUACAACAACCUGGUUAUCUACUACAACAAACUGGUUUUGUCCAGUUGCCCUACACCAAUACCAACGCAGCCGUGAUUGUUAAUCAACCCCUGACAGGGACGACGAUCAUUAAGCCACGCCACCCAGAUUACAUGCUGGCUUCAAUAUUUGCAUGUCUUUGCUGUUUCUGGCCUACAGCCAUUUGUGCUAUCUACUUUGCCAACAAGGCUAACAAUCGUGCUGGUGUUGGUGAUUACGAGGGAGCGAGAAGGAUGGCAGACAAGGCCCGGAAUUUAAUGAUUACGAGUUUGAUCCUGGGAUUUUCAGUGAUCAUUGUUUCGGCAUCUAUUGUUAUGCUAGGAUAGUUACAAAAGACAUCGUCAAAUCAAUCAAAGAAAUAUUGCCAUUUUUUGACUCCGUUUGAACACGCAAACCUGUAUUAGUACAGGUAUAAUGUUAUAAAAUUGUAUCUCCAAAUAUUCGUAAUUAUUCAUUGUAAUUUUUAUUUAGACUGAUUUAUAUUUCGAAGUGUUGCUAUACUAUUUUUUUUCAUCUUUUUAGGGGGAAGGGGUGUAAUUUUCUUACAUACUUGUCUAAGAAAAAUUCUUAAUAGCAGUAUCGUUUGUGCAAUAAGAAUACGUUUUCCAAUACUGAUAAUACCACUUUGUUAAAUGCCCUUGCCUUUUUAAAAUUUUGUUACUAGAUGUUUUCAUUUGUAAGUAGAGCUAGUAAAAAACGUAAUACUAGCACUGCGUUAGGCAUGCAGAAAAUAAUGUCAUUAUUUUAUAUUUUAGAACCUCCUUUUUGUUUUCUACAUAUUGAGGUACAUAACGUUAAUGUAAAUGUAUGAGUACAUUAGUACUACCUUAACUCAUUUCGAAAAAGAACGAUUUUAUAGUUCACCAUUCCUUUGUUUUCAUGUUUAUCUAGCUUUCCAUCAUUUACAUGCAUAAUAAAAUCAAGAAAAUGUA